AUGAUUGAACGUUUACUAGCACCAACUCCUCCAACACAAUUGACUGAACCUCUCACUGAACAUCCAGAAUUAACUCCAACUUCAUUAGUUGACUAUGACAUUGUGGGUAAUAAUACAUUGAUUCUUGGUGAAAACAAUUGCGUUCAAUGUGGUUUAAUAAUAAAAGAUGAAAGUUAUUUACGUGUACAUAAACAUGGAAUCUUUCACGAAAAUUGCUUAAUAUGUUAUCUUUGCCAUCGGCCAUUGAUUACCAUUGGCGGAGGAUAUUUUAUUCGAAAUAAUUAUGAGCAACAAUCACAUUUUAUUUGUCGACAUGAUUAUCAAACAGCUAAUAACAAUAAGUCUUAUCAAAAUUCAACAUAUUUAUCACCACAAUGUUCAAAAUGUCAACUAGUUAUCUCUGCCAACGAAUUAGUAAUGCGUGCAGAUGAUAAAUAUAUAUAUCAUAUAGAUUGCUUUACCUGUUGUCUAUGUAAUGUUGUUUUAAAACCAGGCGAUGAUUAUGGUCUACAUGGUUCUUUCUUAUUUUGUCGUUUACAUUUGGAACAAACGACAAAUACAACAUUUUCACUUUGUUCACCAAUCAAAAGUCCAUCGGCAUCGACACCGAGUUUAACUAUGAAGAAAACUCGACAUAUCACUCAACGUAAACAACGAACUAAAUUGAAUACAUUAGAAAACAAUCCGACGACUAAUUUUGAAGGAUUUUUGAAUGGAAAUGACCUUUCAAAUUCAUCAAAUUUAUUUCAUAAUCAAAUGUCAAACAAUGCUCAACAGCAACGAACAAAACGAAAUCGAACAUCAUUCAAACAUCAUCAAUUACGAAUUAUGAAAACAUUCUUUGCUCAAAAUCACAAUCCUGAUUCCAAAGGUUUAAAGAUUUUAUCGCAAAAAACACAAUUAAGUAAACGUGUACUUCAGGUCUGGUUUCAAAAUGCUCGAGCCAAACUUCGUCGAGGACUCAUUCAAGAACAAGAAAAUAAGCAAGAUAAAGCUUCAACAUCGAUCGAUAAUACCAAUUCAUCAACAAAUGAAUUUCUUCAAAUGUUGACAGAUGAUGAUAUUGCAAGUGGAACAUCGAAUGAUCGUAGUCGCACUGAAGAUGACGAAUUAGUUGAUGAAUUGGAUGAAUAUGAUAAUAACAACAAUAAUCUCAAUACAGACUCAACGAACAAUCUUUCUACACAUGAAUUUAAUCAUCAUUUGCCGCCUUAUCCUAUGUACCCACUUUUGUGA